CAGUAUCAGAUUGUGGUGGUUUUGGCUAUUGUUGUUAGUUGAGUGAGUAGUAGAUCCUGGCUGAGCCCUAUGCAUAACCCCAGCUGUUAGGUGCAGGAUUUGACAAUUUCCUGUAUUAUAUUACUAAUUACAAUAUUUACAAAGUUUAAGAGGAUUCAUGACUCAUUUUCCAGUGUUCCUAGAGACUAGAGUAGUUUGUUGUGUUUUCUGUUUAAUACAGAAGUGUAUAAUCUCUCUCUCAGUCUGCCUCUGUCACUCUUUCUCUCUCUGUUAAUAACUUACUCUAAUUUUCUCUCUCUUUAGAUUAUCUGGGUGUAUGAUCACAGAAAAAGGCUGUUCUUCUCUGGCUUCAGCUCUUAAUUCAAACCCCUCCCACCUGAAAGAGCUGGAUCUGACCUACAACCACCCAGGAGAGUCAGGAGAGAAGCUGCUUUCUGCCAGACUGGAGGAUCCACACUGCUCACUGGAGACACUCAGAAUGGAACAUGGAGGCGAAAUAAGAAUCAAACCUGGAUUAAAGAAAUACGGCUGUGAUUUCACACUGGAUCCAAACACAGUAAACCCUCUUCUCUCUCUGAGUGAGGAGAACAGGAGGGUGGAGUGGGGAGAGGAGCGGCAGUCGUAUCCUGAUCAUCCAGAGAGGUUUAAUUGGUAUCAGCAGGUUCUGAGUAGAGAGAGAGUUACUGGACGCUGUUACUGGGAGGCUGAGUGGAGCGGGAGAGGAGCUGCUGUAGCUCUGAGUUAUAAAACCAUCAGCAGGAAAGGAUCUGGAUCAGACUGUGUGUUUGGAUGGAAUAUAAACUCCUGGAGUCUGAUCUGCUCUGAUAACAGUUACUCUGUUUAUCACAAUAAGAACAGAACUGAACCCCCCCCUCGUCCCUCCGGCUGUAGGAGAGUAGGAGUGUAUGUGGACUGUCCCGCCGGCACUCUGUCCUUCUACAGAGUCUCCACUGAUACACCCUCACACACUCUCACACACUUACACACACCCUCACACACACCCUCACACACUCUCACACACUUACACACACUCUACACCACCUUUACUCAGCCCCUCUAUGCAGGGAUUAGGGUUUAUGGUUCUGGCUCCUCAGUGACUCUGUGUAAAAUAGAAUAACCCUGUGUGUGUGUGUGUGUGUGUGUGUGUGUGUGUGUUUCUGUGUAUUGUAUGUGUGUGUAUAGUGUGUAUAGUGUGUGUGUGUGUGUGUGUAUAUCAGUAUGUGUGUGUGUUUAUCUGUGUGUAUAUAUCAGUGUGUGUGUGUGCACGUGAGUGUGUAUGUGUAUGUUUAUCUGUGUGUAUGUGUUUAUAGUGUGUGUGUGUGUGUGUAUAUAGUGAGUGUGUGUGUGUGUGUGUGUGUGUGUGCAGUGAAUGUGUGUGUAUAGUGUGUGUGUGUGUAUAGUGUGUGUGUGUGUGUGUGUGUGUGUGUUUGUAUAUAGUGUGUGUGUGUGUGUGUGUGUGUAUAGUGUGUGUGUGUGUGUGUGUGUAUAUAGUGAGUGUGUGUGUGUGUGUGUGUGUGCAGUGAAUGUGUGUGUAUAGUGUGUGUGUGUGUAUAGUGUGUGUGUGUGUGUGUGUGUGUGUGUUUGUAUAUAGUGUGUGUGUGUGUGUGUGUGUGUGUAUAGUGUUCGUAUGUGUGUGUGUGUGUAUAGUGAGUGUGUGUGUGUGUGUAUAGUGAGUGUGUGUGUGUGUGUAUAGUGAGUGUGUGUGUGUGUAUAGUGAGUGUGUGUGUGUAUAGUGAGUGUGUGUGUGUGUGUGUGUGUGUAUAGUGAGUGUGUGUGUGUGUGUGUGUGUGUGUAUAGUGAGUGUGUGUGUGUGUGUAUAGUGAGUGUGUGUGUGUGUGUAGUGUGUGUGUGUGUGUAUAGUGUGUGUGUGUGUGUAUAGUGAGUGAGUGUGUGUGUAUAGUGAGUGUGUGUGUGUGUGUGUGUGUAUAGUGAGUGUGUGUGUGUGUGUGUGUGUAUAGUGAGUGUGUGUGUGUGUGUGUAGUGUGUGUGUGUGUGUGUAUAGUGUGUGUGUGUGUGUGUGUGUGUAUAGUGAGUGUGUGUGUGUGUGUGUCUGUGUGUGUGUGUGUAUAGUGAGUGUGUGUGUGUGUGUGUGUAUAGUGAGUGUGUGUGUGUGUAUAGUGAGUGUGUGUGUGUGUGUAUAGUGAGUGUGUGUGUGUGUGUAGUGAGUGUGUGUGUGUGUGUGUGUGUGUGUGUGUGUAUAGUGUGUGUGUGUAUAGUGUGUGUGUGUAUAGUGUGUGUGUGUGUGUGUAUAGUGAGUGUGUGUGUGUGUGUGUAUAGUGAGUGUGUGAGUGUGUGUGUAUAGUGAGUGUGUGUGUGUGUGUGUGUGUGUGUGUGUAUAGUGAGUGUGGGUGUGUGUGUGUGUAUAGUGAGUGUGUGUGUGUGUGUGUGUGUGUGUGUAUAGUGAGUGUGUGUGUGUGUGUGUGUAUAGUGAGUGAGUGUGUGUGUGUGUGUGUGUGUGUAUAGUGAGUGUGUGUGUGUGUGUAUAGUGAGUAUGUGUGUGUGUGUGUGUGUGUGUGUGUGUGUAUAGUGAGUGUGUGUGUGUGUGUGUGUGUGUAUAGUGAGUGUGUGUGUGUGACGGCACCAUUGCUGUGGGUUAAAUUUUAAACGUCACUUUUUGUUUUUUUGUUUUUCUCUUUUGCUCUUCUUAAUUUUUUAACCCCUUUGUUUCAUCUAUUCUUUAUCUGUAUAUGAUAAACUGUAUUUUACAUUCUUUCAAUAAUAAAUAUAUAUAAUCACAAAAAAGUCCUUAUUCCUUUAUCAUUCAGCACACUGUUAGUGAUUAUUCUACUAUAUAUAUCACAAUUCUCUAAAUCCUCGAUUCCAUUUUAUUUCUGAUUUUAGGAUCACGAUUCGAUUCGAUUCUCCAUUUUCUUUUUUUCUUUUUUUUACAGCAGAGAGGUCUAUGCCAGUUUUAGAUUAGUCUAUGGUCAGUCACUGGUUUGAUUCAUCAAAUUUACAAUAUCUUAUUUCAAAAGGUGGGCUUGAUAUAAGUGAUGCAAAGUGAUACAAGUGAUCUGUAAUACACCACAUUAGGCACUAAUGGUCAAAUUUAAAUAAUUUAAUUGAGAUAUAUAUGUAAUACCAUGUAGUGGUUUUUUUUGGAAGCAGCAGUGUGCACUAUUAAAACAGCAACGUGCAACAUAACAAAAUAAAUAAUAAAAUAAUACAGGAACAGUCAUGUACAAAAUAAUAGAACAAUUAGAGCCUUAACAAACUGAACUCUAUCCUACUAUAACAGCUAAACAUGAAAAAUAAGACUUUAAGACUUUCUCUUUAAUAAAGAUAUAUUAUUAACUUUAUCUGAGAGAAAGAUGCUCCUUAAGGUACCAAAACUAUUAACAUAUUUGAGGCUA